UCAAAACUAUGACGAGGAGCAGCUUUGGCAACAAAAGUUGUCUAUGUUCAAAAAUAAUAACGGAAAAACAUGACAACAAUAUUGCUGCAAACUGCAUCUGAGGCCAAAUUAGCUACCUUUAGCUAGCAAGAGAGGUUGGCAGUGCAUGAAGCAAAUUAAAAAAAAUGAAUUUUCAUUACAAUGUCCUGAAAAAAAGACUUAAUCAAGAACAGUUGUUUAACAGGUCAACUCAAGCUGCCGAGUAGUGAAAGCAGGAAUGUCUAUCGCAUAUGCAGACAACCACAUAUUGUUUUUUUGUCCAAAAAAGAAAAGGAAAAUAGCAAGAGGAAAACCGGAUAUAGGGAGUUGAAGCACAAAGCUUCUUUGCCACAAAAGAACAGAGGAAUAAUCCAAUAACAAGAAGCAUGAGAAAAAAACACAACCAUAAAGCAGUUUUCAAACGGAAAAUGAUGGGUAUUAAUCAUGGUAUACAGCUGGCGGAAAAUGACCUCACAGAAUAAGUGUGGAGCAGAAUAUCUCCCAUAGAAAUGAAACACGUUUCAAAAUUUAGGUUGGUACCCCCUGGGCCAAAAAGUAGGUUGGUACCCCCACGGCCCUGGGUACCAAUGCCAGCUGUCACUAGCUCAUGCCAUAAACAUGCGGUACUAAGUUGUAGAGGAAGACAACCACCUAUAUCUAUGCACUCUUGAGUAGCAAUAAAAUGAAUAGGUCAAGCAAGAUGACUUGGGGCAGUGAGAUAAUAGAUUGAUUCUUUGCUACUUGAAAAUUUUGGACUAAUCGGUAACUAUUUAAUCCAUCCAUAACUAAGUGAUAGCUUUAUAAACUAGUUUAUUGGGUUUUAAUAUAGCUAUAAUGGGUAGGCACGGGUGUUGCUUUCCUAUUCUAGUGUCACUGUCUCUUUGUGCACCGAACCGAUCGUGGCCCCGGGCACUGAGAUGCACCCAUGACAAGAAAUAUGGAAUCUUAUGAAUGGUGUUCAGUAGCUCUGAUGUCCAAAUAAAUCCACUGCUAGAUGAUAGCUAGUACCACCACUACAUGCAUUCUUCAAGCAACAGCAAAACAAGGGGAAAGAAACACUAACCAAUGUGUUCAUUCACAGUUCCUCCGGUCGUGCUGCAGCUGUUCCUGCUGCUCUUCUUAGCCUCUCCCGCCACUGCAUGCACCGAGCAGGAGAAGCACAACCUCCUCCAGUUCCUUGCCGGGCUGUCGAGUGAUGGUGGCCUCGCCACGUCUUGGCGUAAUAACGGCACGGACUGCUGCGAGUGGGAAGGCAUCUCCUGCAAUGGAGAUGGGGCCGUCACUGGGGUCUCCCUGGAGUCUAAAGGACUUGAAGGGCCCAUCUCUCCGUUCCUCACCAACCUCACCAGCCUGCUGCGCAUCAACCUCUCGCACAACUCGCUCUCCGGUGGUCUUCCGGCGGAGCUCAUUUUCUCCAGAAACAUCAUCGUCCUCGAUGUCAGCUUCAGCCGGCUCAACGGAUCACUGCCCGAGCUUCCAUCCUUGGUUACCACUGACCGGCCUCUGCAGGUACUCAACAUCUCAAGCAACCAGUUCGGCUCAGAAUUUCCAUCAGCCACAUGGAAGGUGAUGAAGAAUCUUAUUGCGCUCAACACCAGCAAUAACAGCUUCACUGGGCACAUACCGUCUUCUCUUUGCAUUGGCUCGCCAUCUUUGGCUUUGCUUGACCUCUCCUACAACCAAUUGAGUGGUGACAUCCCAAUCACACUGGGUAAUUGCUCCAAGCUCAAAGUGCUCAAAGCUGGCAACAAUCACCUAAGUGGGAUUCUGCCUGUUGAAAUCUUCCACGCUACCUCGCUAGAGUACCUCUCCUUCCCCAACAAUGGUGGUUUACAAGGAGAACUUGAUGGAGCACACAUAGUCAAACUCAGUAGUCUGCUUACUCUUGACCUUGGAGGGAACAGUUUCAGUGGAGCCAUCCCAGAGUCCAUAGGUCAGCUCAGGAGGCUGGAGGAGCUCCAUUUGGGCAGCAAUAACAUGUCUGGGGAGCUGCCAUCAACUAUGAGCAACUGCACAAAUCUCAAAACCAUUGAUCUGAAGAUCAACAACCUCACUGGAGAUAUAGGGAAGGUAAACUUCGCCACCCUACAGAAUCUAAAAAGUUUAGAUCUCAUGGAGAAUAAUCUUGGUGGCAUAGUUCCAGAAAGCAUUUACUCAUGCAGCAAUUUGACUGCACUGCGGUUGUCAGCCAACCAUUUCCAUGGUGAGAUCUCCCUGAGAAUAGGCAAUCUGAAGCACCUGUCCUUCGUAUCACUUAGUAGAAACUCCUUUACGAAUAUCACAAAAGCUUUGCAUGCUCUUAAGAGCUGCAGGAACAUCAGCACUCUGCUUAUUGGCAGAAACUUUAUGAAUGAGGCCAUGCCACAAGAUGAAAGCAUUGACGGUUUUCAGAAUCUUCAGUUUCUCGCCAUGCACCAGUGUUCAUUGACUGGAAGGAUACCUACUUGGUUAUCAAAGCUCACAAGGCUGAAGGUACUGGUAUUAUCUAAAAAUAAACUUACUGGACCAAUGCCAAGCUGGAUUAACUCCCUAAACAACCUCUUCCAUCUGGACGUAUCAACCAACAGUCUUUCUGGGAAAAUCCCAGUCACCUUGAUGGAGAUGGCAAUGCUAAAAUCAGAUAAGCCUGCCAUCUAUUUGGACCCAAGUCUCGUUGACCUUGAUCUACUUAUUUAUGCUGUGGAUCCAUCAAAACUUCAAUACCGCAUAAACAGUGAUUGGUGCAAAAUGCUGAAUCUCGGUAACAAUAAAUUCACAGGUGUGAUCCCACAAGAGAUUGGUCAGCUGAAAGCACUCCUUUACCUGAACUUGAGUUCCAACAACUUCUAUGGAGAGAUCCCACAAUCAAUCGGCAACCUCACUAACCUUCAGAGGUUAGAUUUGUCUAAUAACCAUCUGACUGGUGAAAUUCCUGCAGCAUUGGAGAUCCUUCACUUCCUUUCGGAGUUCAACAUUUCUAACAAUGACCUAGAAGGACCUAUUCCAACAGCAGGUCAGCUGAGCACGUUUCAGACUUCUAGUUUUAACGGGAACCCAAAGCUGUGUGGCUCUCUGCUUAUUAGGGAUUGCAGUUCGGUUGAAGAAGCUCCCGUGUACAUCAUCUCUGCAAAAGAAUACAGCAUGAGGGUCAUCUUUGCAAUUGCAUUUGGUCUUUUCUUUGGGGUAGGGGUGCUAUAUGACCAGUUAGUAUUAUUCAGAUAUUUUGGCUAAGCCCAGUUCAACUGUAAUAUAUAUGGUCUAGUAUGCAAUAGAUAGAGGUGAACAUGCCUUGGUUGUUCAUAUCUUUGUAUCCACCUCAACUGUGUCAUACUAAAAAUUAAUAGAAUCUUUUGAAGUUGUAUGUUGUUAGCUUGCUGAAUAAUAAAGGUACAGACUGUUUGUUUUUCUAACUAGCUGCCUUGUUAAGUUGUUAGGAGGUGUACAAAAUGCACAAUUUGAUCAGAAUACAAAGAUGAGGACCUAGGUACCACCUAGAUGGCUGCAGAUAUAACAAAUUGGUCCUCCAAAAAGCAACUACUGACAAAGUUGACAUGAUCAAAUAUCCCCAAGUUUAAGCAAGAAGACUGAUGAAAUUGCUCUAACCCCAAGUAACAAAAAAAAGGGACAAAUAUUGGGCGGA